UCAAAGGAACUAAAGCCCUAAAUCUUUCUACUCCCCAAUUUCCCAAUUCCGAAACCCUAAUAUUUUACAAUUCGAAUUCAUCGGUGAAAACCCCAUUCGCGGUGCUUCGAAUUCAGGGCGUCGGCAUUGCUUUGUGUAAGCUGAAGUGGCGUAAAGAUUGAAUCUUUGCUCACAAUGUCGGCGAGGAAAGUAGCUGAAGCUCAGCCUGAGGACGGUGGCUCUGCGCAAGCUCCACAGUCGGUUCGAGCUUCCAAGUCUACUGAUGAAAGUGACAAGAAGGGCACAGACAGGAAACUUAAGGAUGUCGAUAUUUGUGUGCCGAUAGUAUAUGGGACGAUCGCGUUCUAUCUUGGUAGAAAGGCAAGCGAGUCUCAGUCCCAUAAGUGGACAGUAUAUGUUCGUGGAGCUACGAAUGAGGACCUUGGGGCAGUGAUCAAGCGUGUUGUUUUUCAAUUACAUCCUAGUUUCAACAACCCAAUGAGAGUGAUUGAGUCUCCCCCAUUUGAGUUAACAGAAUGUGGUUGGGGUGAAUUUGAAAUUGCUAUCAGCCUGUUCUUCCACAAUGAUAUCUGUGAAAAACAGUUGGACUUGUUUCACCAUUUGAAGUUAUAUACCGAAGAUGAAUCGGGCCCCCAGUCAACCAAGAAACCUGUUGUUAUGGAAUCUUACAAUGAAAUAGUUUUCCCUGACCCAUCUGAGGCAUUUUUUGCCCGUGUGCAAAACCAUCCAGCUGUCAUAGUUCCCCGUUUGCCUGCUGGGUUUAACUUGCCUAAUCCUGUUGUGAUUGAUAACAUGAAUGAAAACAAACGAGGAGACACAAAAGAUCAUCCUCUUAGUCAAUGGUUCUUAAACUUUUCAGAGGCAGAUGAACUCUUAAAACUUGCAGCGGCUCGCCAAGAGGUUCAAGUCCACAUUGUUAAUGUGAGAAGAAAACUGAGCUUGAUAGAAGGGGUGCCCCAGCUGUCCAAACCACCCUCUGGAUUUGAAUAUGCAUGAUCAUGGUGAUUUUGUCAAAGAUUCAUCAUCAGUGUAAAUUAUGGAAGAUCGAGUGAUCCGUGAUGUAAACAUCUGUGUUAUCACACAUAGUAUUUAGUAUUUAUAUCUAUGUAAGUGGUUCACAGCUUAUUGAACUGUAGUACAUACAGGAACAACAAAUGAUUGUUCUAAGAUCUGCUAUCAAACAAGAGUUAGAAGAUUGUGUGCUAUAUUAGUCUGGCCUUCUUCAAGUUUUAUUUUUUUCUUUAUUUUGCGCCAAUAGGCAUCAACAAUGUGGCAGC